AGACUCCAAGUAGAGCAGUUUCGGUGCUUUCACCGGUACUUUAGCACCAGCCGCGUCCUUGAAAAUUCACGGAGUGGGAGUGGAGUCGGUAGACAAAUUGUCGACUAUUCCAAACCCCAGAAAAAAAGACACAGCACCGAGGGUGGGAUUGAUCAUGUUCCUUCUCAAGGCAUGGAGAGCAACUGCUUUUGGUGUUUAUGGGUACCUCAAUUUCACCAAAAAUGGUUUCAUGGAGCACUCAAAGAAAUUCCGACCUGAAGACAUGGAAAUAUCAAUUGAGGGGAAGAAUUGCAUGGUUACGGGAGCAAAUUCUGGAAUUGGUUAUGCAACUGCUGAGGGCCUUGCGUCGCGAGGGGCAACUGUGUAUAUGGUUUGUCGUAACAAGGAGAAGGGAGAAGCUGCUCUUUCUAAAAUUCAGUCUUCAACAGGCAAUUCAAAUGUUCAUUUGGAGGUUUGUGAUCUUUCAUCUGUCAGUGAGAUCAAGUCUUUUGCAACUAGAUUCUCUUCAAAAGACGUGCCAGUCCAUGUUCUUAUCAACAAUGCUGGAUUGCUUGAGCAGAAACGAAUAAUUACAUCUGAAGGAUAUGAGUUGAACUUUGCUGUAAAUGUAUUGGGAACUUAUGCUAUCACGGAAUCAAUGUUGCCUUUGCUUGAGAAAGCUGCACCGGAUGCUCGAGUCAUUACAGUUUCCUCUGGUGGAAUGUAUACCACUCCCUUGACCAAUGAUCUACAGGUAGAAUUCAGUGAUGAAAAUUUUGAUGGUGUGGAACAAUAUGCUAGAAACAAGCGAGUUCAGGUAGCACUUACUGAAAAGUGGGCAGAGAUGUACAAGAACAAAGGAAUUGGGUUCUUCUCAAUGCACCCAGGUUGGGCAGGGACACCAGGAGUGGCAAAUAGUUUACCCAGUUUUGAGAAAAAAUUUUCUGGAAAACUUAGAACAAGUGAAGAAGGUGCAGACACGGUUAUUUGGUUGGCUUUGCAGCCAAAAGAGAAGCUGGUCUCCGGUGCGUUCUACUUUGAUAGAGCUGAAGCACCUAAACACCUUAUGUUUGCAGGUACUAGACAGUCUCAUACAAUAAUUGAUUCCAUUAUGAACACGCUCCACUCAAUGUUCACUAAUGUCUAAAAGUUAGCUCUCGAUAAGGCCAGACGUUGGAUUUUGUUCUUGGAAUUCUCUGGGUUUGAAUGCUUGUGAAGAUCAUUAUCAACUCUUCAAUAGUCUAUACCUAUUUGCGCCAUGAUGUUUGGUCCUCAACCUAAAAGACUAGCAUGUUAGAUGAGCGUAUUAGUCAGCUCCAAACUUCCAGUUACAUAUGGCCUUGGAUUUCCCUCCUAUCUGCCUAUUUGGACUGGACCCGUAUCCCUAAUCAAUAAUCAUCAUGUCUACUCCCCUCGGACGGCUUUGACAUGGUGGAAGUGCCUGUAAAUAUUGAAUGUUCCUGUAUAUUUUUUUAAUCUACUUAACCAAAGAAAGGGCAAUGGUUAUGGCUAUCCAACAAAUUGUUGGGACCACUCAAACUUCUAAAUUUAGUUAUUCGAACUAUUGAUCCUGUUCAGUUGUUAAAAAUAGUUAAAUAACUGUAAUUGUUAGUU